AUUUCGAAGCAGAUAAAUAAGUAUGAAUUUAUACAGUUUCAGUUGUGGUCUGCAAGGAUUGUAUUAAUUUUACUAAUUUUAUGUAAUUUAUCUUAAUCAAUUUUAAACAAAUUUCCAUUUUAAUAUCGUAUAAUGGAAUCAAGUGUUUUACAUAUUACCAAAUUAAGGGAGGAACCUAAGAAAUGUGUAAUUAUGAAAGAUGGGUCAAAACGAUCAGCAGAUCACUUGCCAGAAGCAGGAGAUAAGAAAAGGAUCUUAGGAGAUAUUACAAACAAAGGUACAAGUACGAUUUCCAAGGCAAAACCAAGCAACAAGAAGGCCGGAAAAUGUGGAAAGAUUGACAGUCAAUAUUCUAAUACUAGCUCCUGUAAAAGUGAGAAAUCAUCUGUUACCAAAGAUGCCAGCCCAGAGGUCGAGUUACCUGUUACGAAGAUUGAAGAUGGGGAUGAUUCUUCCAUAUUUGUAUCUGCUCUUGAAUGUCUUCCGAAUGAGAGUAGUAUCGAAAAAGAAUCGGAAGUUUCUGUAUGCGAGACUCUACCACCUGGAGUGGAAGAUUUUGACAAGUCGUGUUUGACUGAUCCAUACAGUGAACCCAGAUAUGCUGCAGACAUUUUCAAGUAUUACAGAGAAAGAGAGAAAAUGUUUCCUGUGACAAAAUACCUUGACAAACAGGCAGAACUUUCAAAAGCAAUGCGAGCUAUUUUAAUUGACUGGAUGGUUGAAGUUCAAGAAAGCUUUGAGCUUAAUCACGAGACUCUGUAUUUAGCUGUGAAAUUAGUUGAUCGAUAUCUUAUGAGUCAAACUGUGCCAAAAAUUCAGUUGCAAUUAGUAGGAGCGACUGCCAUAUUUGUGGCAGCAAAACUUGAUGAAAGACAACCACCUUUAGUUGAUGAUUACUUAUACAUAUGUGAUGAUUGUUACAACCGUGAACAGUUAAUUCAGACUGAAAUAAAAAUCCUCAAGACCGUAAAUUUUGACCUGGGAAUUCCACUGUCCUAUAGAUUUUUACGUAGAUUUGCUCGUUGUGGUCGAAUUGGCAUGGAACUUCUGACAUUAGCUCGAUAUAUUCUGGAAACUUCUUUGAUGGAUUAUGAUCUGAUUGAUGUUUUGGAUUCUAAGAUGGCAGCUGCUUCUCUGUUUCUUGCUUUAAAGAUGAAAGGAGAGAAAUGGACUCCUACUCUGCAGUAUUAUUCUGGCUAUCAAGAAAAUGAGUUGAGUGACCUUGUGAUAUCAUUGAAUAAAAAUAUAUCUGCUGUACCCAAUAAGCAGCUACAAACUAUUCGCAAAAAAUAUUCUCAUGAAAUUUUCUUCAAAGUUGCAAAAGUUCCUACACUGAAUUUAAAGCAAUUGAGAAGAGAGGAUCAAGAAACUUAAUUGCUUACUAUAUCAUUGGUACAAGUAUAUCAUAUUAAAUGUAUUUGUUUACAUCUGUAAAUUUUCAUGAAAACUGUAGAUAAAUUUUAUACUGUAUUUUCUUAUUUUUAUGUGUGAGUAUAUGUACUUGAAGAAUGACUGUUUGUAUGACAUCAUUGAAAUUAUAUUAAUACUGCUUAUCUAAAUACAUAAUUUAUUAUUUUUAUUGAAAGUCUGAGAAUCUUAAUUCUUCAGCAAAAUUAUCUGUACUUGUUAUAAGCAAUGCAUCAUCAUGAGGAUUUUGUGUGUAAUGCAAUUUUGAUUAGCAUGUUUGACAAAUUAAAAUGAUGUCCAUUUAUAUUUUUUAAAUAAAAAUUCACUUAAUUUUA